AAUGUCACAAUCGUAGUUUCGCCACCUCUAAUUUUUUGCUAACCACCCACAACAGCAACUGUUUUUAAAACAGCCUAAUUUAUUUAUAAAAUUCAUUAAAAAUUACUGAAUAAUGGCAGCAAAAGUAGCGAGCGGAACGAACAAGGUGUUCCAGAACCACGAUGAUGUGCACAUCUCCUUCGAGGACCAGCAGAGGAUAAACCGCUUUGCCAAGCACAAUGCCCGGAUGGACGACUUUAAGGCCGAGCUGGAAAUGAAACGCAACGAACUGAAGUGCGUGGAGGAGGCGCUAGAGGAGAUCGAGCUGUUCGAUGAGGACGAGGACAUUCCGUUCCUGGUGGGCGAGGUCUUCCUCUCGCACAAGCUGGAAAAAACCCAGGAUCUGCUGAAGGAGACCAAGGAUCAGGUGCUCAAGGAGAUAGCAGGCGUAGAAGCCAAGGCCAAGAUUAUUAAGGCGGAAAUGGACGAGCUGAAGGCCCAUUUGUACCAGCGUUUUGGUAGCAACAUCUCUCUGGAGAGCGAUGACUAAUUUACACACCCCCAUGAUUGUGCAUUUAACGAUUUACAAAAUAGAGUACAUUUAAUUUAAA